CGUACGCCACUGGUGUCUUUGGAUCCCGCCGAAACGUUUGACAGUUUCCGCGCGCAACCAGUGGGUGAAACACGUUACUCAUGCCUUCCGCCGAACACUACGUUCGUAAGCACGACCCCGGUCAACCACAACGAAGGGUAACGAGAGUCCCCAAAUUCAUAUCAAGAAUGAGGGUGACACGUGGAAACGAAAGAAGGGCGGUAGCAUGCGUUCUUCUAGCUGUUGUGGCUGUGGUAGCCGCAGCCUCGUACGACCGAGAGAGGCUUGAGAUCGCCAAGCAGAUUUUAGAAGAGGUUCCGCUUACUGAUGGGCAUAAUGACCUGCCCUGGAACAUUCGCAAGUUCUUGCGAAAUCAGAUCAACGAGUUUGAAUUGGACACUGACCUGACUCAAGUGGAACCUUGGUCUAUCUCCAAGUAUUCUCACACAGACUUGCCUCGUUUGAGGCAGGGAAUGGUUGGGGCACAGUUUUGGUCAGCGUUCGUUCCCUGCAGCUCACAAAAUAAAGACGCUGUUCAGCUGACACUCGAACAAAUUGACGUCAUUAAGAGACUGGUUGAGAAAUAUCCGCAAUACUUUCAAAUGGCCACCUCCGUUACAGACAUCCUUGAAGCUCACAACGCUCGGCCUCGCAGGAUCGCCUCUCUAAUUGGCAUCGAAGGAGGUCACUCUAUAGCUAACUCUCUUGGAAUACUUCGGAGCUACUAUCAACUGGGCGUCCGAUACAUGACUUUGACACAUACGUGUAACACUCCGUGGGCUGAUUCGUCCAACGAACCAGCAGCUGCUAAUGGUCUAACAGAAUUUGGAGAGAAAGUGGUGAAAGAGAUGAAUAGACUGGGAAUGUUGGUGGAUCUGUCCCAUGUCGGUGAGAACACAACCCGGGCCGCGAUUCGUCUAUCAAAGGCCCCGGUUAUCUUCAGCCAUUCGUCUGUGUACAGCCUCUGUGCUCACAAAAGAAACGUUCCCGAUGACAUCAUACAAUCUUUGAAAAAGAAUGGUGGUUUGAUCAUGGUGAAUUUCUUUCCUGACUUUGUGAAGUGCUCUCCCAACGCUACUAUAUCAGAUGUAGCUGAACAUUUCCACUACAUUAAAACAAUGAUCGGAGCUGAUUACGUGGGCAUUGGUGGUGACUUUGAUGGAGUUAACAGGGUACCACGUGGUUUGGAAGAUGUGUCCAGAUAUCCUCAACUAUUUGCUGAACUACUACGCAGUGGACAGUGGACUGUGCAAGAGUUGAAGAACUUGGCAGGCUUAAACAUGCUACGCGUUAUGCGUCAAGUUGAAAAGGUACGAGAUGACAUGCGAACUAGCGGCGUAGAACCCGAGGAACAUCCAGAUUCACCCACCGACAACGGAAAUUGUACCAGCAACGCUUUCUUCCAGGACUUCGUUUAAACGGCCUACGUUUAUACUGUAUACACCUCGAUAUUAACACACAAUAUAUGCAUACACAAAGGUUCCCUUCAUAUUUUAAACCUUCGUAUUAAAAUAUUAGCCCGGUAGCAGUGAAGUUUCGUUUAAAUUUUUUGAUUUCUUUUGUUAAAUUACGUUAAAGCUCCACAAAGUUUGAGUUACAUCCAAUUACUUACGUUGGGUUUAAUAUUAAAUUCAACCUAACAUUGGCAGAGCAAGUUGGGCACUCGCGUAUUAUAUUGUUAAGCGUUCAGCGAAAACGUAGCGGCAUUUCGACAAUUACAGGUUUAUAGGACCGGAGAAUUACAUCAACAUAUAAAGCUGUGGGUAUUUGUCCGUAGUUUAUAUGAUUUUUGAGAGAUAUUUCUCUGGUUUUACAAGGCAUAAGCCGAUCGCACUACCAUAUCCUACAAGAUUGCGAUUUUCGAACGUGAAUGGCACUCAGUGAACUCAUAAAAUAACUAUAGUCACAGACAGUAAAUAAAUGGAUUUAAAUCUAAAAUAUUUUUUGUCAUUAAACCAAUAAAGAAUGGUACAGCAAUGAUCUUCAUAUGAAUAUAUAUCAUAUUCCAGAUAAAUUAUUUAACUUCAGCCGAUAUACCAUAAAAGCAAUAUUAAUUGUAUUGUACAAGUAAGAACUACUGUCAACCACACGACUGAGCAUCCAUCAGAAUUAUAUACAGUACCACAGCUUAUUAAGAAAUUCUGUAAAAUUAAAUUUAAGAAAUAAAAAACAUGUUUAAUUUUCAUCCUUAACUGUCAUGUUUGAAUAAAAUCAUUCAGAUAUGGUUGCUUUGUACAACAACUUUACGCAUACCAACGGACAGUAUCGCCCAGAUAGAGAUAGAUUUGUAAAAAUCACGGAACCUAGAUAAAACGGUUUUCGUUUUUGUAUUAUUUCUAUUUACACUGAAUUUGUCUUUAAAAAUAUUUAGUACUUAUAGAUUAUUUGGGUCAUAGAAUAAUGACUUGGUAUUAUUGUCAAGCAGCGUUUUCGCAAUCGCUGAAUAAAGCGAGGACCGCCUAAUUAAACAACUAAUUAUUAUACUUUUUAAUUAAAGUAUUUGCUCAGUAUGAUUGUACACCUAUUCUUAAAUUUCAUCAUACAAUAUAGGUGCGAUUAAUUGACAACGCUGCUACUUAUUCGUGGCUAUUUAAUUUUAAAUAUCUUUGGAGCCACUUGAAAUAUAAUUUUGAUAAGUUUUAACUAGUAAUUAAACUAUAAUUAAUAGAUGUAAUCGAUGUAGUAGUGCAUGAUAGAACCUCGCUGUGACUUACUUCCUAUCCUUUCUGAAGUCUAUAACAUACCCCUCUAACAUGGAUAUAAUACUUCAUACAAAAAAAUAUAAUUUCAUUAUAAUAAAAAUAUGGCCUUAAAAAGAUCACGACAAUGUUUUGAAGGACCUAGACUUGACAUACUAAGCUAGUGAUUGAUAUGCCUCUUUAUUUUUAAAACAGUUAUAUUACUCCAUUUUAACUGGAAUAAUGUUUCGUCUCUUUCUCUCAAAUUGUAUUCACCCGAACAGUGGUGUUCUAAAUAUCAAUGUUAUAAGUAGUUAAAGAAUGUUUUGUUCCGACAGCGAAAUAAACGAACAUUCGAUAAUGAUUUUGAGGGAUUUACGUUUGUGAAUGCAACAUGCAUAAACAAGCCAUUCUAUUAUAAUUGUAUUAAUAAUAAAUUGGCAAUUGAUUGUUUAUGAGAAAUACAACUAAAGUGUUAAUUAACUUAUAUGUUAUUAAACCGGUUAAUAUGUUGAUAAUGAUCUAUUAUAUCCGUGGUGUCCCACUAUCUUAUGUCCGGAAAUGGCUUCGAAAUAAUUGAUCAAAAUGCAUGAAACAAGCUCUAAUGUUGUAAGAAUAAUAUAUUUUUAAAUAAGGAAUUAUAUAAAAAAAUUAAUACUUUUGACUUUUCGAAAUCAAAGUAACUUUUUACUAGGAGUUUAAAGGAGGGUUUUAAUAUGCAUAAGAGAGAGUUUAGUAAAUUUUUAAAAAUAUUAUCUAUAAUAAUAAUAAUUCUUUAGUUUUAUAUUCUGUGAAUAAUUAAUAUCUAUUUCUCGAUUGAAGGGUAAUUUGACUCUAUAGUCAAAUGUAUGCGUCCUGGGACAUACAAUAAUCACACUGAAAGCUCGGAACAAACAGAUCAUGGAUUCAUCGAUGAGUGAAAUUUACAAUUAGACAGGUUGAAACUGAAAAUGGGAUAUCGAAUAAUAUGACAUCUCCCCUAGGGUGUAUCAACAAUUUUCCGAAGCAAUUUUCGCUUUUCACAAACAAAUGUAUUUUAAAAUUGUAACGUGAAAAUCAUGUGAAAACGUCGGAAGAAGGGAAAUCACCUAAUAAUGAAGUUAAAUUUGAAUUUGAAUAAUACCGAUUGAAAAUGAAUUAUUUUGCGUUCCGAGGACCCUUGAAAAUUCUACUUGUUAAUUACAAAAACUUGAAUGAAUACAAAGCAAUUGCUAAUGUAAGUAAAAGCCCUUCUUCGUUAAGUAAAUAUAGUUUACUUUAGUUCUCUCUUGUUAAAAGCGAACAGCUAUUUAAUUGCAAAUACUCUUAAGUUUCUUCUGUUAAUUACGAAACUCUCUCCUUGCAUAUAUUUAUUAUAUCGGUGAGAUUAGAUAGCGAACAAUUUUUAAACAAUGUUAAGAAUGCAAUUGUUUAAUUUUUAUACUUUUAUAAAAACGUUUUAUGAAUUCAUAAUAUGUAAAUAAAAAUAAAAUUUGAGAGAAUGCCAUUUCGGACGCUAUAAAUGUGAUCCUUUAUACUCUUCGUGGUAAAACAUAUAUUAUAACAUAGUAGUAAGUGUCGUACUCUAACCGUUUGAUAUUUUUUGAUUUAGUUUGGACUUAUCCAUGGGAAUUCUCAUCUAUUUUUAGAUUCCACUUUCAAUAUCAAUAUCGUCGACAAAAUGUUUCUAUAUUCACUAAUAUGAAAUUCCACCAUAUAGCUGAAACAUUUAUUACACUAAAAUAUAGCAAAUUCCAUGGAUCACGCCACUGGUUAAUAUAUGUAGUAGAGAGAUAUAGAUCUUAUGUAUGUAUGAAUCUUUAACCUCAAUUUCACACAUCUCGCGUAGGUUUUUCUCAGCACAGCAUUUAUCAUGAACGUUUCAGUUCGACGUGAGAAGCGUUUAAUUCCAAUUACUAAUCAAUAAUCAUAUUAAAUUAAGAACUCCUUUUUGUCUAUUGUUCGUGCCAAGAGCAUAGAUUACAUUUUCUUCAACGAAAAUCGUCAUUAUUAACUUAAU